AAGUCAAAACAUUCGAGGCGUGGAAACUCGCAACCGAAACCAGCAGAUAGAAACUCGAAACUGGAAAAGGGGCGAUUAGUUUGGAUACGGCCGUCCCGAAGAUGGGUCGCUCCUCUGCUGCGCUGGCACGUCGCACCAGCAGCGGAGCAAUACACUUGGCUUUGGUAUUGUAUCUGUUAAGUGUUCACUUCAUUGGGAUCGAAGCUCAACAUGAAGAUUCAGGGACCAGUUCUGAAGAGGGUCGAGCUGACGACCCGAUAGGUCAAGAAUCGGAUACAAGUGAAAUGCGGAGGCCGCGGCCUUUCAACUUGAUCGCUCCACGGCCGGCUUCUAACGUAGUAGGAGUUUCAACUACUCCCCCAAGUCCAACAUUAGCGGGAGGUAUUCUCAACGAUGUUGAACACGAACCAGGAUUGGUUUGGCCUACGGUGACAAUACCGGCAGCCACAACCCCGUCGACUUCGGAUGAGAGCGGCCCACCCUUGACCAGCGGUCGUCUCAUGGCUCACCUUCAGCGAAUCACAGAGAGGCUGUCAUCGAUGGAAUCGCUACAAAUUCAGACACUGCGCAAACUAGAGGGAAUUGACUACCGUUUAACGCGUGUGGAAGUACAAAUGCAAGAACGCGGAGACUCGGUGCGCAACCUGGCCGCCGACACUUCGAGGCGGCUGCAACAAUUAGAGAGCGAUGUUGGACGAAUUGAAACUCUACUAGAUGUGGUGCGAGACGAGUCAGUUGCUAUUCGUACCGGUCAGGCUGAGCUCAAACACAUCAUAACACAAUCUGGUGGAGCCCAAGCCCCGGCAAGAAUGACGGAAAGUGACGUUCCAGCUCCCCGUCUUCAAGUACUCUUGGCUGGAAUGAACAGUCUUAGAACGACAACAAAUAACCUACGGGAUGAACUGUUACUUAUCAGCAAGAACGUCAGUGUUAUGGCCAACCUGACCAAAAUUGUCGAAAAACGGAGCGAUGAUUUCGCUACAAAACAAGAUCUGCAUCGUGGAAUUACUGCACUAAAGAGCCAAGAUUCCACACCGGCCAGGACUCUUUCACAUUUCAUACAACCUGGCGCUUGUCCUUCCGAACGACCAAGUUUACCGCGUGAUUGUCACGAUGCGCUUAAUAAAGGUGGGCGCCACCUUAUGUCGGGAAUCCAGCGGAUUCAACCAUUAUCUUCUUCUGCACCCUUUUUUGUUCAAUGUGACAUGGAAACUCGCGGAGGAGGAUGGACGGUUAUUCAAAAUCGCUUUGAUGGUUCAAUUAAUUUUCUACGGGGCUGGAAUGAUUACAAACAAGGAUUUGGCAAUAUGGCCACCGAAUUCUGGCUGGGUCUCGAAAAAAUCCACAUGAUUACGAAUCAAGGAGUCUACGAGCUCUUAAUCGAACUGACAGAUUUCGGUCUGAAUCAAGCCACUGCCCACUACACCGCUUUUGCUAUUGGGUCUGAUGCUGAAGGUUACGACAUUCGCCUACUGGGAACCUACGAGGGUGACGCGGGUGAUUCCCUCUCGUACCAUACAUCCAUGAAGUUCUCUACCGCAGACAACGAUCAGGAUCAAUGGUUAGACGGAAACUGUGCUCGCGAUCACACUGGAGGUUGGUGGUAUCGAGGAUGCGAUACAAGCAACUUAAACGGGCAAUAUCUGAACGGCCCCGUACCUCAAGAAUUUGAAUACAAGGGGAUGUACUGGUACGAUUACCAGGGGCCUCAAUACUCUUUAAUGAAGUCUAGAAUUAUGAUUCGACCCUUUUUCAAUGCGGUUGUGCUAAGUGCACAACCGGGCGGAACUACAGUUAAGCCUCGAUCUCCACAAGUACCGGCUCCACCUGGUAACCAGGGACGACCUACUUUCGGUCCAAAGUUACCGAAUCAACAAAGCCAGAAGCCAAAGAAGAAAAAGGAGAUGGAGUGAUCGGAAAAAAAAUAUACAUAUAUAUAUCUGACGCAGAAACAGAAGCUUUACAACUAACUGCCAACCGGCUGGCCCAGGUGGACAACGUGAGACGACUAUUCUUCCUGGUCUUCCGACUUAUAAACCCAACUGGGAAACCCAUUUUGACACAAUAAUACACAGACGCACCAGUACCAAAAA